CUGUGGGGACGUGCCCAGGGUGGGUAUAAGAGGCACCGGGUGCCAGGCAGGGUCCAUCCUGACGAGUGACAAUGGCUCUGCUGUGGCUGCUGAGCUGCCUGGCUCUGGUGGGCUUUGCCCGUGCCGCCCUCCCUGAGGACUGCGGCGUGCCCGCCAUCGCCCCCGUCGUCCGUGGCUACACCCGCAUCGUCAACGGGGAGCCGGCAGUGCCGGGGUCCUGGCCAUGGCAGGUGUCCCUGCAGCGCUACGGGAGCUUCCACUUCUGCGGCGGGUCCCUGAUCAGCGAGAACUGGGUGGUCACCGCUGCCCACUGCGGCGUCAGGAAAACCGACAAAGUGGUGGUGGGUGCCUAUGACCAGAACAACCCCAGCACUGCUCAACAGACGCUGACCAUCGAGAAGGUCUUCAAGAACCCCAAGUUCAACCUGCUGACCAUCCGCGACGACAUCACCCUGAUCAAACUGGCCACUCCAGCGCAGUUCUUGGACCGCGUGUCCCCCGUCUGCCUGCCCAAGGCCACCGACGAGUUCGCGGGGGGCACGACCUGCGUCACCACCGGCUGGGGGCUCACUGACUCCAGUGACUCGGAGACACCGGCGGUGCUGCAGCAGGCGGCUCUGCCCCUGCUCACCAACGCCCAGUGCAAGGAAUUCUGGGGCUACCGCAUCCGCGACGUGAUGGUCUGUGCCGGCGCCGACGGAGCCUCCUCCUGCAUGGGCGACUCCGGGGGCCCGCUGGUGUGCCAGAAGGACGGCGCCUGGACCCUGGUGGGCAUCGUGUCCUGGGGCAGCAGCACCUGCGACACGCAGACGCCCGGCGUCUACGCCCGUGUCACCGAGCUCCGCGACUGGAUCGACUCCAUCCUGGAGGCCAACUGAGCCCGGCAAUAAACACCAAUAAAUGCUGCCACCCCUGA